UUGCCAACCAAUUGGCCGUGCCUACCAUGGAGUUUGCCUUUGAACAGACUAGAGCAGAAGAGACCACCAGUUUUCUGUCAGAGGCCCAGUUUUCUUCAGAGUCACCAGAAACCCUGGACCCACUUUUCAAGUUCCAUGAGACCAUUGCUAAGAUGACUGCAGAAGCAAUUCUCCGACUGGUCAAUGAUCCCGUGCUGCCAUUUUACCCUCUAGACAUCGCCCUGGAUGUUCAAAACAAGCUCAAAGACAAGAGUGCACUAUCGCUGCCCUUGCUUUCCUCAGCCUCCGCUCUCAGAGACCAUGCAGCUUUCUUCCAGUCAGAAACUAUGCGGCCGGCAAAUGACCCAAAAGAGCGUGACCCCUCCCACGUGCGGAUGCUGAAUGAUGUACUCCGUGACCUGGAGAAGAGCUUCAUCAUCCCACAGACACCGCCUGGAGUGUACAGGAAUCUGUUAUACAGCCUUCCAGGAAAGACUCCUCAGUUUUCCAUCUUGAAGUUCCCUCGGGAAGCUGUCCUGCCUUGCAACAUCCCCAGCAAAACAAUCAAACACAACUCCGCAAACAAAGAAGUACUUUUCCAUAGCGCCACAAACCAGUCUCUGUCUCUCAUCCUCAGGGCCAUCCAGUCAGCUGAGAGGCUUGUGUGCUUUGGUUUGGACUUGUUUGAGAAUUAUUCAAGUGAAUGAGGAUUUUUGCUGAAACGGACGUAACUGGCACAUAUUAAAUUAAUUACGUUUAAUUCAAUGCAAAUAGCAGAAGACAGCUGAUCUUCUAACCAAUCUUACCCAUCAUACUAUAGUCCUGAAAAAGGUUUAAGGUCAUAGGAAAUCCAUCUAUUGAAAAAACAAUGCUCAAAGACAUUGGAGCUGCCAUUCCAUAGUAUCA